GGUUGUUGUGUUCUGGAUUUUUGUUACCUUACAUCUCUCUUACCUCAUUUAACUAUUUUCUCUUUCUUUCUUCUCUAAAACCUCAAACCGUAACACAGCACAUAGCUUUCGUAUUUCUAACGUAACUCCUUAUUCCUCUCUCUCUUUCCCUAAUUCCGCCAUCACUGUGCCCAAUUCCAUUUCUCCUCGCCCCAAUUCGGGGAAUUAGGGUUUCGCCCCCACUCAUCGAUGCGCCACCGUCGCUAGGGUUUUGCGAUGGCGGAAUUGGAGGAGGACCGGAUGGGGGAUUUCAAGCCCUUCUCGGAGGGCUCUUCGUGUUCGCGCUCGAUCAGCGAAACGGUGAACGGGUCGCACCAAUUCACGAUAAAGGGGUACUCUCUCGCAAAGGGGAUGGGUGCUGGGAAGUACAUCAUGAGCGACACAUUUAGCGUCGGUGGUUACGAUUGGGCAAUUUACUUCUACCCUGACGGGAAGAACCCCGAGGACAAUUCCAUGUACGUAUCGGUCUUCAUAGCUCUCGCAAGCGAUGGAACUGACGUUAGGGCUCUGUUCAAGUUGACGCUGGUGGAUCAGAGUGAGAAGGGGAACGAUAAGGUUCAUAGCCAUUUCGAUAGGCCUCUUGAUGGUGGACCGUACACCUUGAAGUAUAGAGGCAGCAUGUGGGGUUACAAGCGUUUCUUCAGAAGAACUCUACUGGAAACUUCGGAGUAUCUAAAAGAUGAUUGCCUUGUCAUGCAUUGCACUGUUGGUGUUGUCAAAACUCGUUUUGAGGGAUCUAAACAGGGUGUUAUUGUGCCACUGUCAGACAUGGGCCGAAAUUUUAAGGACUUGCUGGACUCAGAGGUUUGUUGCGACAUAGUUUUCAAGGUUAAAAGCGAGAGCUUCAAAGCUCAUAAGUUAAUACUUGCGGCACGAUCUCCUGUGUUUAGAGCACAGUUUUUUGGACUUGUUGGGGAUCCUAGCUUAGAGGAAGUAGUGGUAGAGGAUAUCGAGCCUUUUAUCUUCAAGGCAAUGCUUCUCUUCAUUUAUUCCGACAAACUUCCUGACAUCUAUGAAGUAAUGGACUCAAUGAAUGUCUGCUCAUAUGCUGUCAUGGUGCAGCAUCUCCUGGCUGCUGCUGAUCUUUAUAAUCUUGAUCGGCUCAAACUUCUUUGUGAAUCAAAAUUGUGUGAAGAAAUCAAUACUGACAAUGUAGCCACCACACUUGCCCUGGCAGAGCAACACCACUGUCCACAGCUGAAGGCAAUCUGUUUGAAAUUUAUUGCAAAUCCAGCAAAUUUAGGAGCUGUGAUGCAGUCGGAAGCUUUUGUGCAUUUGAAAGAGAGCUGCCCCGCAAUGUUGCUGGAACUGCUGGAGACGUUUGCCUCAGUGGACGAUAACUCAAGCCUGACAUUGAGCAGAAAGAGAAGUGGCAGUAGCAUAUAUGGUCAAGAUUUGGCAGACGGGGCAGCUGCUGAAUCAGUUAAUCCAAGUGGGAGGCGAUUAAGGAGGCGAACAUAAAGCAUAGUUUACAAUCUGAAUGUGCAAACCAUUAAAGUGUGAUAUAGAUAACCCUAGUCAUGGAACUCCCUGUCAAUAUAAGUGAUUCACCAUUUUGAAUUCAACUGAUCCCUGAGAUUUAUAUGUGAAGUUUUCUUGCCUUCCGUCCUUGUCUCACGGGGCUAUUUUGAACGUCAUUUCCUGUGGUAGUUUGACAUUAGAACAGUUCUAAUGUAGGGUAUAUCGUGCUUGAUGACUAUAAUAAGAAGUAAAUAGCUAAUAUAUUUGUUUGUUUUAUCA